UUCGCUGUAGCCGAAACGCAUUUUGGUUUAUGCUCUGCAUCUCUGUGUAUGUCAUAUCACCGGCAGCAUUCUCAGAAGUUACUGUUAUCACGGACCCGAAAUUCAGCAUACCGAUCGCCAACGUAACAGCGGCUGUAGGACGAGACGCAACACUUACGUGCGUUGUUCACGAUUUAGGUUCUUAUAAGGUGGCAUGGCUACGCGUGGACACGCAGACGAUUCUCACGAUUCAGAACCAUGUCAUAACGAAGAACAAGCGCAUCGCUAUCACGUACACCGAGAAGAAAACUUGGCAACUACGAAUCAAGGACAUCCGUGAAACAGACCGGGGCUGGUACAUGUGCCAAAUCAAUACGGAUCCGAUGAAGAGCCAGAUGGGCUAUCUGGAUGUAGUAGUGCCGCCGGACAUUCUGGACUAUCCAACCAGCACCGAUAUGGUGGUGCGAGAGGGCAGUAACGUGACACUUCGAUGUGCUGCCGUCGGUUCACCUGCUCCAGCGAUCGUAUGGCGGCGCGAGGCGGGCGAUAACAUAUCCCUCCAAGACGGCGAACAAGUGUCAUCGGUCGAAGGGCCCACGUUCACCAUACCGAAAGUGAACAGACUGCACAUGGGUGCAUACUUGUGCAUCGCUUCCAACGGAGUCCCGCCAACCGUGAGCAAGCGGGUCAUGUUGAUCGUGCACUUUCCACCAAUGAUCUGGGUUCCAAACCAGCUGGUCGGUGCCGUCGAAGGUCAGCGGAUGACGCUCGAGUGCCACUCGGAGGCAUAUCCAAAGUCAAUUAACUACUGGACCCGGGAGAAGGGUGACAUCGUCCCGCAAGGUGGCAAGUACGAGCCGGUGCUGAUAGACAACGCCUACAAGGUGGUGAUGAAGCUGAGCAUCAAGGUUGUGAGCCAGGCCGAUUUUGGCGCGUACAAAUGUAUCGCCAAAAAUUCCCUCGGGGAAACCGACGGCACCAUCAAACUAUACAAGCUACCAAGAAGUGCAAUCAACUCGGUGGAAUCAACCGAUGGCAAGCGACGAACCAAAUCAAGAAAAGGGAGUAAUUUUCACGAGAGUAACGACUUCAUGGAUGAUGAUAUGGAUGGAUCUAGCAAAAGGAAAGAUUUAAUACUCGGUGGCAGCAGAAAUGAUGACAGCUAUGAAAUAUCUGCAACAGGAUUGAAUAUGGCAACCUCAGUUCCAACGAUACUGCACUGCUCCGUUCUGUGGAUAGUGAUAACGCCUGUUUUGAUGAGCUCCAUACUCGGAAUAUUGUCAGCAUGACGCAUAUAAUAGUUAGAUAGACUUGUCGGCGAAGAGAAGCCAUGUUUCUUCGAUCAUAUAGCAAAGGUCACUUAUUCUGUGCUUCGCUGCGGUUGUUGUUAUGUUGAACAUGUUUUACUUGUAGUGUAACUUUUCGUAAGCGCCUGUGUUUUGGUUUUUGUAUGUAACGACUCACGUAUGAAAAGGUGUGCGUUAUCUGAUGUAGUCAAUAAAAAGCAUAUGAAAGGGAAAAAAGCGCUAAACGGUACAAAUAUCCAAUAAAUGUACAUAUACUGCUAUACAUAGUAGCAUUAUUCCAAUACAAACCACAAAAACAACAUCGAUACAUAUCCUUAGAUAAUAUAAAGAGAUCAGAAAAAUAUUAAAUGUAAAGAGGAAACAGUUUAGUUCUGAUUUAAAUAGAAUUAAAUAAUUUAAACAUGCUUGGAUGACUGUAUCAGAUAAUCUGAGAUUGGCAGAUUACAAAACUGCACGACUAUGAGUAUUGUUAAGGAUUCAUUAGCUUUAAGAACUGAAAACAAUGUAAGUGUUCGACAACGCUUAUCAGGUCAGGUGUAAUAUGUAAAGAAACAUUAUUGGGAAUA